AUGUCGUCAAGCUCCGCAUCAUCUCAUAGGCAGGCUCGGAAAGAAUCCGACACCAGCACUGAGAGUAGAUCUCUUCAUCAACAAUACCACCACAACACUGAUCUCAGUCGAUCUCGCAAUUCUGUUGGCCCAAAAGAAGAAGGAUGUCCCCAUUCCUGUACAGCAUCUCCCGCUAGUUAUCACUCACAGUCCACCCACUCCGAUCAUCGACCACAACAAGAAGAAUCUUUCGCAAGCAAUGUAGCUAGCUUUGGUGGCUCCAGCCAUGAUGCUGGCUAUAUGUCAGAAAAUGACUUGCAUGAAUUGGAAGCUCAGGCGCAUGAACCUAGUUCUCAAUAUACUUGUCGUCACUUGGGUUACUUCUCACACGACUGCGCAAUGGCGUCGCACUACGACAAUCAACUUACCAUUGAGGAAGAUCCGAACGAACAGUAUAGUCCUCCCCAAUUGGAGAUUCAAUGUGCGAAAACAAUUUCGACCGCAGAGAAUGGCGUACAAGUAUCGAACAAUGAAUUUGCAGAAAUGCAAACCUAUUCGCCAACUACCGAGAUGUGGACUCUGCACGAGUCUCGAGAUGAAAGAAUACGUCUCGGCUUACCCGGUGGCCAAGAAUUCCCCUCAUAUCUAUUUUAUUACGAUGAAGAGCUUGUUACCGAGGCACGUUGA